UUCUGGGUGCAAGAAUAGUUGCAGACAUCCCUUAUAGCAACAACAUGUCAACUGGUGCUUUUGGACUUCCUAAGAACAUGUUCAACUCUUCAGGCCUCUCUCUUGCUCUUCAACAACCAAACAUAGAUAAUAACCAAGGACAUGAGACCAGAUUGGGUGAGAAUUUCGAGGCAAGUAUUGGGAGAAGAAGCAGAGAAGAGGAACACGAGAGCAGAUCUGGCAGUGACAACAUGGAUGGUGCUUCGGGUGAUGAUCAAGAAGCCGCCGCUGACAAACCUCCGAGGAAGAAGAGAUACCACCGACACACUCCUCAGCAAAUCCAAGAGCUUGAAGCUCUCUUUAAGGAGUGCCCUCAUCCCGAUGAAAAACAGAGAUUAGAGCUCAGCAAAAGGCUUUGCUUAGAAACCAGGCAGGUCAAGUUCUGGUUUCAAAAUCGCCGUACUCAAAUGAAGACUCAAUUAGAACGCCACGGGAACUCAUUGCUAAAACAGGAGAACGAUAAGCUUCGAGCUGAAAACUUGUCUAUUAGGGAUGCUAUGAGGAACCCGAUUUGUACCAACUGUGGGGGUCCAGCAAUUGUUGGUGAUAUAUCACUUGAAGAGCAACAUCUUAGGAUUGAGAACGCUCGCUUAAAAGAUGAGUUAGAUCGUGUUUGUGCACUUGCUGGCAAGUUUUUAGGGCGUCCAAUUUCAGCACCUCCAAUGCCAAACUCAAGUUUAGAGCUUGGAGUUGGUAGCAAUGGCUUUGGUGGUUUAAGCACCGUGGUCGCUACAACAUUGCCUUUGGGGCCUGAUUUUGGAGGUGGGAUUACAAAUGCUUUGCCACCAAUGGUUACUCCUCCUAAUAGACAGACAGUCGGAGUCACUGGACUCGAUAGAUCUGUGGAAAGAUCGAUGUUUUUGGAACUCGCAUUGGCUGCCAUGGACGAACUGGUUAAGAUGGCUCAAACUGAUGAACCACUUUGGAUUAGGAGCUUGGAAGGUGGAAGAGAAAUGUUAAACCAUGACGAGUACUUGAUAACAUUCACUCCUUGCAUUGGCUUGAAACCAACCGGCUUUGUGACUGAGGCUUCUAGAGAGACAGGUUUGGUGAUUAUCAAUAGUUUGGCCCUCGUUGAAACUUUGAUGGACUCGGAUCGUUGGACGGAGAUGUUUCCUUGUAUGAUUGCUAGAACAUCAACUACUGAUGUGAUAUAUAAUGGCAUGGGAGGAACCAGAAAUGGUGCACUUCAACUGAUGCAUGCUGAGCUCCUAGUCCUCUCUCCUUUGGUACCAGUUCGUGAGGUCAGUUUCUUAAGGUUCUGCAAGCAACAUGCAGAAGGGGUUUGGGCAGUGGUCGAUGUAUCCAUUGAUAGCAUCCGAGAAAGUAGUUCAGGUGCACCCACGUUUGUGAGCUGUAGGAGGCUUCCUUCUGGCUGUGUUGUGCAAGAUAUGCCUAAUGGAUACUCCAAGGUUACAUGGGUUGAACAUGCCGAAUAUGACGAGACUGAAGUUCACCAACUCUACCGUCCUUUACUAAGCUCCGGUAUGGGCUUCGGUGCCCAACGGUGGGUGGCCACCCUUCAACGGCAAUGCGAAUGCCUUGCUAUAUUUAUGUCCACCACUGUUCCCACUAGAGAUCACACUGCUAUAACUGCAAGUGGGAGACGAAGCAUGUUAAAGCUAGCUCAACGUAUGACCAAUAAUUUCUGUGCCGGUGUUUGUGCCUCGACGGUUCAUAAAUGGAACAAGUUGAACGUCGGGAACGUGGAUGAAGACGUAAGGGUUAUGACUAGGAAGAGUGUCGACGACCCCGGCGAACCACCGGGCAUUGUGCUGAGUGCCGCUACAUCAGUUUGGUUGCCGGUGUCACCUCAAAGACUGUUCCAUUUUUUACGUGAUGAACGGUUGAGAAGCGAGUGGGACAUAUUGUCCAACGGUGGACCAAUGCAAGAAAUGGCCCACAUUGCUAAAGGCCAAGAUCAUGGCAACUGCGUCUCCCUCCUCCGUGCCAGUGCCAUGAACCCGAACCAGGGUAGUAUGCUGAUAUUGCAAGAGACGUGCAUAGACGCGGCCGGGUCGCUUGUGGUGUACGCGCCCGUUGACAUUCCAGCAAUGCACGUGGUUAUGAACGGUGGUGAUUCUGCAUACGUGGCACUCCUACCUUCAGGUUUCUCAAUUAUCUCGGACGGUCCUGGCUCUCAUGGGCCCAUCUCUGAUGGACAGGUUAACGGGAGCGGCGGUUGCAAUGGAGGGUCGCCGAGAGUGGGUGGAUCGCUUCUUACGUUGGCGUUCCAAAUAUUGGUCAACAGUUUACCUACGGCGAAGCUGACGGUAGAAUCGGUGGAGACGGUCAAUAAUCUUAUAUCGUGCACCGUGCAGAAGAUCAAAGUUGCCCUUCAGUGCGAAAGCUGACGUGAUUUUGACUCGAGGGCAGUUUCUGUAGUAGUUGAGUCAAGAACGAACCGCUCAUGGAGACUCCUUGCGUGGUGAUGGCCGACUUAGUCAAGUGGACAGAACGAGGCAAGGGUGGUGGUUCGGGUAUUGACUCAGAUCGACCUUCUGAAAUGUUUGGAAAGAGCUCCUCUUAUUGUUGUAUUAAUCAAAUCUAAUUUUCAGGGUUGGGAGUUUAGAUUUUUCGAUUGCAUAUCCCUGUUGUACUCAUUAUCUCAUGGAACAUCUUUGUUUUGAGCUGUCACUUUCUUUAGGGUUUUGGCUUCUGGCAACUUACUAA